CACCAUUUCUUGAUUCGAAUCGCAAGCGGUAGGAGCAAAACAUCACAUCUCCAGAAGAGCCCGAGUCGGUCUGUUAGUUCCCACAGACCCCGAGCCAGCUCAUAUAAGUCCUAUCAUAGCCAGCCUCCAUUUUACGCUAAUGACGAAUCCUGUCUUGGUCGUUCUAAGUCGGACCUUGUUCUUUCCCGUAGGUCCCGGAGAUAAAAUUUGUAGCGCCCUGAUGCCCGACUGAGUUUCGUCUGUACAUAGUAGAAUGAAGUCAUACGUCGAUCCCUGUUGAGGCUUGCUUUCACAGGCUUGCUUUCACAGGGUUACUCAUCAUCAUCGUCGUCAACAACGUGAUCCUUUAGAUCUUAUGUAUACUUACGCGCAAUCUUAUUUUUCUGUCGUCGCAAUUCAUUGUCCUCGUGUUCUUUUAUCGUCCGGGCUGUGUAUCGUAUUGUAUUGUAUUCUCUUACCUCUUUCGUUCGUUUAUUAUAAGCCUGCUUUUCCCUUAUACCUACAUAAUUACUUAGACAUUACCACAAUAGAGGAAUUAUAGAGUAUCACAAAACCUGGGAAAUCAAUACACGAUGCGGUUCCUGUCGUAUUGGGUAUUUCCCAUCAUAUCCGGCCUUAUGUGGCUGGCAACAUUAUUAGGACUUCUUCUAUACUGGAUCAUAAAUACAAACCGAGUUCAUUAUGACUCUAUGACGGACGACCAAACAAUCGCCUAUAUAUCAGACGUCGGCGCUUCAAAGCUCAAGCCCCUGUUCGUUACAGGAUGCAUCAUCACCACGAUAUUUCUCGAUCUAUCCUUUGGCGCUGACCGCUUCUUACGGCAUCGAGGUCGACUGGUGCCCAACACCUCUACUGGUGAAAAGGUGCUGAGCGGCCUGUGCAUCGUCUUCGCCUUGAUUGGUACAAUUGGUCUGACUUGUUUGUCCGGAUUUGAUACCCUCCGGUACCCGAGACUACACGAUAUUUUCCUUCUACUCUUCAUUGCAGGAUAUCUAUUCUCAGCCAUCUUCGUCUGCUGGGAAUAUCAGCGUCUAGGUCAUAAAAACCGUCAACAUCGCGUCCUCCGCAUCUCAUUCUGGAUCAAGUUAAUAUUCGUAAUUAUCGAGCUAGGCCUAGCGGUUGCCUUCGGCGUGAUUAACUUCAGGGGCAACCAUAACACAUCUGCUAUUAUCGAGUGGAUCAUCGCCUUCAUAUUCUCCUUCUACGUCUUCUCCUUUUACGUCGACUUGUAUCCUGCAAUCACUACGCGGAACAACCCCCACCCGAUCGAGGAUCCCGCGCGACGGAUGGAGGAGACAUACUAUGCGACGCAUCCCACCGUCCUUGCCGGAGAUAGGCAUACCCAGGACAGCCAGAGGACGCUGACAGACAGCCACGGCCACCAGCACAAAGUGAGAACAGACCAGAGAGACUUCUAGGAGGCUCUGCUUGUUCACAGUAUUUAUGGAUAGUUUUCCUUUCGGUAGAACAACCGCGCCGAGCUAGUUUAGGGGUGGCACUAGAUCACGAUAAUGAUGAUACCAGGGAUUAGAAGGGUUGGGGCACGACAUUUUCUCACGGCGUUCGGUUACUCCAUUGGAGUAGAAAGAUAUGGGGUUUCAAUCAGGUACAAGUUGAACCUUGUACGAUAGCUCCUCAUUAGCCAAGAUUCUGAGGGUUUAAGUUAGACGGUUAGAACGUCGAUAUGUCGGCUUAAUCUGGCCGCCAUGGCCGAGAUGGAUAGAAGACAAUAGCGGCAUUUUCAUAGUAUAACACCACCCUGUAUGGUAGCGAAAGAUGUGUAUUGAAUAAUACAAAUAUAUUUAGUUAAAACGUGGAGUAAAACUAGGUGUCACCCUUCGGGUAGCAAAAGCCUAAGGUUUAUACUGCACCAUAUUUGUCAGGUAUUAUACCCUUGAUAAAUGUUAUACAUAAAGUAAAUGUCAG